AUGGUCAAGUUCAACUUCAGUUUGCCUCUCAGCAGCUUGUUUAAGUUCAGAGCCGGCAAGUUCAACUACCCUCUUGAGCAGGAAAUUAGAACAAAAUUGGACUCCUUACCAUCGGUCACCAAGAUCUACAGUAACCCAGACGGAACCCCUAGAGUACCUUCUGAUGCUGAAUUCAAAACGAUUGCCGAGUUACAAAACUUGUACUACCAAAGAAACCACUCCGAAUGGAACUUUAUACUUCCAGGAAUUCCCAAGGAGCAGUUGGAGUUAUUUAGAGACAACAGCCAGGACUUGAAGAACUUCCAAUUUGUUACCAAGGAUGCCGGCAAAAUCAUUGACAAGAUCCCAUACAAGGACGAAACUACCGGCGAACUAAAAUGGAGAGUCGUGCGUGAGACUGAGAAAGCAGAGGGUUGGGAAUUGCCUUACUACUACAUUGUCUUGCCUGUGUUUAUAUACGUUCUUUACUCCAAGUACACCUCGCAAAUGAGAAAGAGAGAAACUGACGGUCCAGAGUGGGCUGAAAAGGAGUUGAGAUUGAGAGCUAUGGAAGAGUACUUCCAUGGUGACUCUGAGAAGGCCAAGGAGUUCUUGUCUAACGAGGGUAAAUCCGAAAGAGAAAUCAGAGACAGAGAUGACUUGGUUGUCUCGAGAAUUUUGGCAGGUGACUAUGACAAGUUGGCCCAAUUGAAGAAGAAGUUGCCAAAGGACUUGGUGCCAAAGCCUGAAGUCAACGACAAAAUCAACAUUUAA